CUCAGUUAAAGUCAAGCAAACAUAAAGAAAAGGCCUAUUUAACCAAGUUGGUUUUAUUCUCUAAAUACCCCCCCUUUAAAGUAAUAUCACUUUACUUGAGUAAACAUCAUUUUGAUUGGCUAAGGCGGACUCUUGGUAUAUCAAUUUAAAUUUGAUUUUUUUUCUUUUAUUUUCUUUUUUUUCCUGUCCUUAUUCAUCAUGGCGAAUCCAUCUCCUCGCUUAAGUUCAUUAUCACCUAGUUCUAAUCAACCCACUUCUGCUUUUCAGUGGCCUAUUCCUUCAUCUCCUUCGCAAUUGAAGUCCAUCACGAAUGACAUCACAGUCAAGGAAAUACUCGAUCGGUACAGUGACGACCCUGAAAUACUAAAAUAUAUCUUGACUGCCAAGUCAGAAGAAGACAAGAAAAAAGCAGCGAGAGAUACACUCAAGGCUGAAGAAGCGCGUAUUCGACUUCGACAGAUGGAUUUAGAGAUUGCCAAAGAAACCAAACAAGAAACACCUGUUCAAGUCAUACCUCAACCUCCAUUACCACAACAGCCUGUUAUUCAAACACCUGUGCAUCACCCUUCGUACGGCCCUUAUUAUGGACUUGCGCCUGUUCAACAACAAGUAUUGGCGCGCUUUCAUUACCCGCCUAAUUAUGGUCCACCACAACAACACCAAGCACCUUCUUCACCUUCUGUGCCAUAUCCUCACUCGGCACAUCCACUCUGUCCUCCUAGUAAUUCAGAACGUCUACAGCCCCCUUCUUUUCGACAAAUCUCACCUACUUCGCCUCGUGAAGACAGCAAGAAACGUAACCGAUCUUCGAUUUCAUUACCUCACGAACAAUCUGAACCUCAAGAUAAAUUAUCGCACAAUAAAGUGAUGGAAGCACUAAAAGCAAAGAUUCAAAGAGGAGGAAAUGGUGGCGGGCCUCCUUCUCCCUUGACGGCUUCACCUGUUGUUCGACCACCACCUGAAAAGAAAAGAAAACCCACGUUACCUCGACCUGUAUUGAUAGAACAACCCAAGACAUCUUCUUCACCUUCACCUCGAUCUGCUAAACCUAUUUUACCACCCAUUGAUACAAGUUUAGGUCGAAUUCUUCCAGCUCAUAUGAGUAGCAACAGCAAUAACAAUAACAAUGGCAGUAGCAGCAGCAGUAGCAGCAGCAGCAGUAGUAUGAUCUUGUCUUAUUAAAUACCCGCCGUGCACGCUCAUUAUCACCUUCUCCCUCUUCUUCUUCCAAGGAUAUCAAAUCAUGAUCUUUUUUUUUUAUAUAUAAUAAACAUAUUAAUCUUUAU